GGGAACAUUUGUUACCACUUCUGUAAACUUCUGGCAUCUAGUGGUUGUCUGCUGCACCAACUGUAGUUUCUCUUUGUUGUGAAAUAUAGCCUUCAGGACUGUGGGAGGUAUAUACCCUACCAAACAACAGUAUUUUAAUGGUUCUUGGGAAGUAUGGUUACCAUCAAAGUAGUUCCUGAAAGGGGCUAGGGAAGUAUACUAAAGUGCCAAAGGAACUGGUAUAGGAAUGUGUAUUCAAAUAAAAGGAUAUGUAAUCAGACAGAGUAUGGUGCUGAGAUCAGCAAUGCCUAUAUAAGACAAAAAGUGUCUGGUACAGUUGUUACAAUGGCAGAUUAUCAAGAUUUAAGGGAGUUUGAAUGUGGGGUUAUAGUCAGCACACGAGCGAUGGGACACAGCAUCUCCGAGGUAGUGACAAAGUGGGGAUUUUCCCAUAUGACCAUUUCACGAGUGUACUGUGAAUAUCAGGAAUCCGCUAAAACAUCAAAUCUUUGACAUUGCUGUGUCUGGAAAAAGAUCCUGCCAGAAUGGGACCAAUGAUGACUGAAGGGAACCAUUCAACAACUCUUCCAAAAAUUGCUGCAGAUUUCAAUGCUGGGCCAUCAACAAGUGUCAGUGCAUGAACCAUUCAAUGACACAUCAUUAAUAUGGGCUUUCAGAGUCAAAGGCCCACUCGUGUACCCUUGAUGACAUCACAACACAAAGCUUUAUGCACUGCCUGGUUUAUCAACACUGACAUUCGACUCUUGAUGACUAGAAACAUGUUGCCUGGUCGGACAAGUCUCAUUUAAAAUUGUAUUGAGAUGAUGGACGUGUACAGGUAUGGAAACAACCUCAUGAAUCUGUGGACCCUAUAUGUCAGCAGGGGAUUGUUCAAGCUGGUUGAGGCUCUGUAAUGACAUGGGGCGUGUGCAGUUGGAGUGAUAUGGGACCCCUGAAACAUCUAGAUAUGACUCUGACAGGUGACACGUACGUAAGCAUCCUGUCUGAUAACCUGCAUCCAUUCAUGUCCAUUGUGUAUUCCGAUGGACUUCAGAAAUUCCGGCAGGACUGUGCGACACCCCACACGUCCAAAAUUUCUACAGAGUGGCUCCAGAAACACUCAUCUGAGUUUAAACACUUCUGCUGGCCACCAAACUCCCCAGACAUGAACAUUAUUGAGCAUAUACGGGAUGCCUUGCAACGUGCUGUUCAGAAGAGAUCUCCACCCUCUCGUACUUGUACAGAUUUGUGGACAGCCCUGCAGGAUUCAUGGUGUCAGUUCCCUCCAGCAUUUCAGACAUUAGUUGAGUCCAUGCCACAUCAUGUUGCAGCACUUCUGCAUGCUUACAGAGGCCCUACACGACAUUAGGCAGGUGUACCAGUUUCUUUGUCUCUUCAGUGUAUACUUACCACAGAAUUAGUGCAACAUUUUUGGUCCUUGGGAAGCAUACUUACCGCCAACUUAGGGGUAUCCCAAAGCUUUUGGGAGUACAUCUUACCACCUCUGUCCAUGUCUGACAUCUUGUGGUAGUACACUGUACCAGAUGUAUGAAAACUGCUACAACAAUCACUUUCUAUUUGUUGUGGGAUCAACUGUUGCCGGAACACAUUGUUUCGCUUCUGCUAUUGUGAUCUGUAUCAGCUCAUACCUUUAUUGUGUGAUAAAGUUUCUGGGAUUGUUUUCACAUUGUGAAUGUCGAAGCAUCAUACCUUGGCCACACUGCCCUGUCAACAACUACAUUUUACACUGAGUGAAUGGAUUCAAAACAACAAGUUACUGAACAAAUCAGCAGAUUAUCACCAUGAUUUAGCUGAAAGAAUACUGUCUGAAGGAUCAAGGGCUAGAGAGGUGACAGCACACACAACCAAAGCCAACAAGAAAGAAGUUGACAUAAAGUUAAAGGAACGAAUAACAGACAUCCAGUUUCACAAAAAGGAACUGGAAAAACAAAAAGAACAAUGCUGCAAGGAAGAGGAACUGCUGAAGAUGUAUAAGGAACGUGUACUAUGCACUAUGGAGUCUUUGAUUCAACAGGCUCUCAGUAUUGUCAAGAAGUGUAUUAUUCUUAGGGGAAAUCGAUUGGGAAUUGAUUUGGUGCAUGAUGCUGUAGAAAACUCACUUCACAAGGAAGCUCAAACUAUUGAGAAUGCUCAUAAAUUGCUUCAGAAUACUUUGGAACAGACGAAUGAGCAGCUCCGCUUACUGCGCUCAACCAAAUAUUUCAUUGAACAUGAUCACAGAGAUAAGGCAGCAGCAUUGAUUGUUGAUGAUCACUGUUCAAACCUCAAGGAAACACGUCUAAACCUUACUUUUUAUCAAGGGAAAGCUGAACUGGAUGUAAGCAACAUUACAGAAGAAGAAUGGGCACUAUUUACAAUUGGAAAUAUUGAGCGCGCAUCAAAAGAAAUUAAAAAUAGUUACUCACUGCGGUCUGGCAUUGAUAUGAUUCUUAAAAAGAUAAAUGAAGAACUCUGGGAGCUGUAUUACGAUACCAAUUACAUUUUCCAACAAAGAAUAAAAGAAACAAGAGAUGCAAAAAUAAAGUUUGAGAACCAGCUGAAGGAGACAGUACAAAAAGCAAAUGAAAUGAUUCGUAAUAUUACGCAGAUUGAAAAAGAAAUUACUAAUAAGGAAGCUUUUUUGGCACUUGCUCAAAAAAUAAUGUUAAAUAGAACACAAAGGCCUAAUAUAGAGCUCUGCAGGGAUGAGGUGGAAAUCAAACUUCUUGCUGAGACUGAAGACUUGAAGGAUAGUAUUACGUGGUUGCAACAAGCUCGCUCUGAGGCACAGGCUUCUAUGCGGUUCCUGCUGAAGACACAACUGCAGCUGGAAGAGGAAAUCAACAUCAAGACAAACACAUUGAAAAUUGAUGAGGUGGAAUGUAUGACAUUAAGACAAAGCAUGGAUUAUCCAAUACAUUAAUUCUAACAUAACUUUUGCUGGGCUAUGAAUUAUAAUGAAACUUUCUUCCUUUUUUUUCAUACAAUAUGUUUUGCAUUCUGCCUGUGAAUCACUUGAGUGUCUUACA